UUAGUGUAUUUAGUGAAUGUCACUUUUUGUCAUUUUCAAAUUUCCCGCCGGUUCCUUCUCCCGUACGUCUCGAUGCUCGCAGGGAACGGAACCCAGAAGACAGAUGCCGGCAUCGGCCGGAGGACAUUGCCGGGGACACUGCAGGAGGGACAUCGCGGGGGCGCAGGACAAGGUAAGUGCAGAAGGGAUCCCGGAGCAACACUGCAAGGUAUUCCAGAGUGUAGUUCGGGGUUACCGCUUGUGGUGCUGAAACUUUACCCCGAGCUACACUCGGGAAUACCGCCAGGGAGGUUAAAGAUUGCACAGUUUAUUUAGGCAAUUUCCUGAGACUGGACAGUGAAAGGAGAAGUGGCAGACUGAUGAGCUCAUCUGUCAUUCUAUUGCAGGGCU